GGGCCGAGGAGCGCUCCGGGCCGCCGGGGGAGCGACUAGCCCGGCGCCCCCGCGGACGAGCCGCCGCGGGAGAGCGGACGCCGCUCGCCGUCGCCUGAGCCCAGGUUAUCCUGAAUACCACAUGUCUAACAAUUUUCUUUGCAACGUUAGCCAUUGUUUUUCACUGCCUCCAAAAGAUCAAAAUUGCUCUGGAAAUUGGAAACAUAUUUGAUUUAAAAGAAAUAACUAACAAAUGGACAAUAUGUCUAUUACGAAUACACCAACAAGUAAUGAUGCCUGUCUGAGCAUUGUACAUAGUUUGAUGUGCCAUAGACAAGGUGGAGAGAGUGAAACAUUUGCAAAAAGAGCAAUUGAAAGUUUGGUAAAGAAACUGAAGGAGAAAAAAGAUGAAUUGGAUUCUUUAAUAACAGCUAUAACUACAAAUGGAGCUCACCCUAGCAAAUGUGUUACCAUACAGAGAACAUUGGAUGGAAGGCUUCAGGUGGCUGGUCGGAAAGGAUUUCCUCAUGUGAUCUAUGCCCGUCUCUGGAGGUGGCCUGAUCUUCACAAAAACGAAUUAAAACAUGUUAAAUAUUGUCAGUAUGCAUUUGACUUAAAAUGUGAUAGUGUCUGUGUGAAUCCAUAUCACUAUGAACGAGUUGUAUCACCUGGAAUUGAUCUCUCAGGAUUAACACUGCAGAGUAAUGCUCCACCUAGUAUGUUGGUGAAGGAUGAAUAUGUUCAUGACUUUGAGGGACAGCCAUCAUUAUCCACUGAAGGACAUUCAAUUCAAACCAUCCAGCAUCCACCAAGUAAUCGUGCAUCGACGGAGACCUACAGCACCCCAGCUCUCUUAGCUCCAUCUGAGUCUAAUGCUACCAGCACCACCAACUUUCCCAACAUUCCUGUGGCUUCCACAAGUCAGCCUGCCAGUAUACUGGCAGGCAGCCAUAGUGAAGGAUUGUUGCAGAUAGCUUCAGGGCCUCAGCCAGGACAGCAGCAGAAUGGAUUUACUGGUCAGCCAGCUACUUACCAUCAUAACAGCACUACCACCUGGACUGGAAGUAGAACUGCACCAUACACACCUAAUUUGCCUCACCACCAAAACGGCCAUCUUCAGCACCACCCGCCUAUGCCGCCCCAUCCCGGACAUUACUGGCCGCCAGUUCACAAUGAGCUUGCAUUCCAGCCUCCCAUUUCUAACCAUCCUGCUCCUGAGUAUUGGUGUUCCAUUGCUUACUUUGAAAUGGAUGUUCAAGUAGGAGAGACGUUUAAGGUUCCUUCAAGCUGUCCUGUUGUUACUGUUGAUGGUUAUGUAGACCCUUCUGGAGGAGAUCGCUUUUGCUUGGGUCAACUCUCCAAUGUCCACAGGACAGAAGCCAUUGAGAGAGCAAGGUUGCACAUAGGCAAAGGUGUGCAGUUGGAAUGUAAAGGUGAAGGUGAUGUUUGGGUCAGGUGCCUUAGUGACCACGCAGUCUUUGUACAGAGCUACUACUUAGACAGAGAAGCUGGACGUGCACCUGGAGACGCUGUUCAUAAGAUCUACCCAAGUGCAUAUAUAAAGGUCUUUGAUUUGCGUCAGUGUCAUCGUCAGAUGCAACAACAGGCAGCUACUGCACAAGCUGCAGCAGCUGCCCAGGCAGCAGCCGUGGCAGGAAACAUCCCUGGCCCCGGAUCAGUAGGUGGAAUAGCCCCAGCUAUCAGUUUGUCAGCUGCUGCUGGAAUCGGUGUUGAUGACCUUCGUCGUUUAUGCAUACUCAGGAUGAGUUUUGUGAAAGGCUGGGGGCCUGAUUACCCAAGACAGAGCAUCAAGGAAACGCCUUGCUGGAUUGAGAUUCACUUACACCGGGCCCUCCAGCUCCUAGAUGAAGUACUUCACACCAUGCCUAUUGCCGACCCACAGCCUUUAGACUGAGGUCUUUUAACUUAAUGUUGGGCCCUUAACAUUAUCAGGAUGGUGGACUAUAAAAUGCAAUCCUGUUUAUAAUCUGAAGAUAUAUUUCACUUUUGUUCUGCUUUAUCUUUUCAUAAGGGGUUGAAAAAUGUGUUUGCUGCCUUGCUCCUAGCAGACAGAAACUGGAUUAAAACAAUUUUUUUUUCCUAUUUAGAACUUUUCAGGAAUGGCUCAGAGCUUGAAGAUCAGGAAAAACACAUUCUUAUUAAAUCUUCACCAGUUAUGUAUGAAGGAAUCAUUCCAAUGCUGGAAAAUUUAGCCCUUUAAAAUGUUUUAGAGCCUUUUAUAUGCAGAACAUUGAUAUGUGUGUUAUUCUACAGAAUAAAUUCAAUAUUGCUGAUUUUAAAGGCAGAGAAGUUCUCAAAGUUAAUUCACCUAUGUUAUCUUGUGUGUGAGUUGUUAUUGUUGAACAUACUUUACUCCAAAAUAUUGUGCCAUGUGGGUGAGUUAAUUUUACCAAGAGCAACUUUACUCUGUGUUUAAAAAAGAAGAUAGUAAUGUAUUAUAACCUUUUAUGCAGAUGUUUUUUUCAAGUUAAACUAGUGAAGAUGGUUUCAAUUCAGAUUGUCUUGCGACUUCAAUUUUUCUUUUGCCAAGGCAAAACACUAAUCUCUGUAUAUUGAGAAUUCCUUAAAAUUACCAAAGGAAUAUCAUUUAAAAUUACAUUUGUUAUCUUUGUUGGAUAACUAUUUAUCACGAAAUCUACUUUAGCCCUGGUAAACAGUAGAUGUAUUCUAUAUUUCUAGGCACAGGGUUGGUUACUAAGAAGCCUAGAGGAGGAAUUUCUUUCCUUCAUUAACAUAGGGAAAGGUUUUGUAUUUUUAAAAACACUAAAAGCAGUGUCACUCCAUCUAAUAUCUUACUGUUCUGCAAAGGUGGCAGUGCUUAAACUGAAUAAUAUUUUGGAAACUGCUAAAUUCUGUGUUAAAUACAGUGCAGAAUAAGGGAAACAUUACCGUUCAUAAUAGGUAGUUUGGAUAUUUUUGUACUUGAUUUGAUGUGUGACUUUUUUUUCGUAUACUGUUUAAAUCAUGUAUGUUAUGACAUUGUUUAAAAUUCAGUUUUUGUAUCUUGGGGCAAGACUGCAAACUUUUUUAUAUCUUUUGGUUAUUCUAAGCCCUUUGCCAUCAAUGAUCAUAUCAAUUGGCAGUGACUUUGUAUAGAGAAUUUAAGUAGAAAAGUUGCAAAUGUAUUGACUGUACCACAGAUACAAUAUGUAUGCUUUUUACUUAGCUAGUAGCAUAAAUAAAACUGAAUCUCAACAUGCAAAGUUGAAUUCUAGGUUUGAUUUUUAAGGUUUUUUUCUUUUGCACUUUUGAGUCCAACCUUAGUGUCGAGACACCUUCUACUAAAUGACAGGCAAACAGCCAGUACUAUUGGGCAGCUUUGGUUUUUUUCUCCCACUCUACCAGGACUUUCCUAUGGACAUUAUGUAUCAAGUGUAGGGUUGGUUAUUUUUUUAACUUUUAUUUUACUGUAGCAAAACUAGGCCUGAUUGUCUAUAAGAUAAAUAGGUUGUCUACAGGAUAAAUAGUGUGAAAUAAAUCAAGGAUUAUCUUUCA